CGGGCCUCCGCGCCCUCUCCAGCCGGGCCCUCCCCUUUCCGCGGGAGGCGUCCCGGACAGUGGCUUGGUGGCGCGCAGUUCCCCUUGACUGUGCGCGCUGGCGUCUGGGCUCCUUCGCAGAGGACUCGGUAGCUGCAGCUCCCGGAGCACAGCGGGCAGAGCUGUGGGCUGCGCGCGCCCCUGCUGCCCCGGGCCUGCCGCGGUGGCUCCCGCGCCCCGCGGCGACUUCCGCGCCCGCGCUUCCCUUUGUUCAAGUCCCCGAGCAGCAGCGGGGUCGGAGCCCGCGCCCUGGGCGACUGAGGCGGCCGCAGUCCGCGCCCCGGCGCCCUGGCGAUGCUGGACCAGAUCUCCGUGUCGGAAUUCGUGGCCGAGACCCUUGAGGACUACAAGGCGCCCACGGCUUCUAGCUUCACCACGGGCACGGCCCAGUGCCGGGACACCGCGGCGGCCAUCGAGGAGGAUGCAGUGACUUAUGAUGAUGUGCAUGUGAACUUCACUGGGGAAGAGUGGAAGUUGCUGGAUCCUUCCCAGAAGAGUCUCUACAAAGAUGUGAUGCUGGAGACCUACUGGAACCUCACUGUUAUAGGCUACACUUGGGAAAACCAUCAUAUUGAAAGACAUUGUCAAAGUUCAAGAAGAAAUGAAAGGUUUAAUCUCCACUGCCAGCUGCCAUGGGCAAGCAGAACAGCAAGCUGUGUCCUGAGGUGCUGCAGGACCUGCGGAAACACAGGGAGUUCACCGACCAUGAGCUUCAGGAGUGUUACAAGGGCUUCCUCAAUGACUGUCCCACUGGCCACCUGACCGUGGACAAUUUCAAAAUCUAGCCCAACUUCUUCCCCUACAGAGAUGCCUCCAAGUUCGCUGAACAUGUCUUCCACAGCUUUGACACCAACAGCGACAGCACCAUCGACUUCCAAGUGUUCAUCAUUGCUGUGAGCAUGACCUCUCAGGACAAGCUGGAAGAGAAGCUGAAGUGGGCCUUAGCAUGUCCGACCUAGACAUCAAUGGCUACAUCAGCUGCAGUGAAAUGCUGGAGUUAGUGCAGGUACCUGCACUUGACAGGGCCUGGAGCAUGGGGAGUGCAGGGAUCCAGGACCCCCAUUCCCGACCCCAUACACCAGGUCAUUCUUCUGCCCACUUGCUACCUGGUGUACUAAAGGACUGCCUGUCUUUGCAGAGAGUAACAAUAAAAGCCAGCAUCUCUCGAUUGCUUGCUGGACAUCCCCAGCUGAGCUCAUCCAUCAGGUUUUUUCACACAAUUCUAUCAAAUGGGUCUUUUAUUUUUAACCUCUAAUGAGAUCUCAGGCUCAGAUAGGUGAUUAAGAAUUGUCAAAGCAAGAACUGGGAAAAUGGCUCAGUGGGGAAAAACAGUUGAUACCCAGCAUGAGGACCUGAUCUGAUCCCAACACCCAUGGAAAAGCCAGGAGUGGCUGAGCAUGCCCGAAACCCUAGAACUAGGGGACAAGUGAGUCCCAGAAGCUUGCUGAGCAGGCACCCUAGCUAAAAUGGUAAGCCCCGGCUGGGUUCAGUGAGAGAGAAAAUGUUAUACUGUGAACACUGGUAUUCCUGUUUAGCCUCUGCACGGGUGGGUGUUCACCUGCACACACAUGUAUAGCAUACACACACAUUAGCUGUCUAUAGGGCUUCCUUUAGAAAUCAGAACGACACAGUAAAGGAUGAGUCAGCAGUCAGUUCUUCACAGGAGCGAUGCUUAUGUUCACCCUGCGUCCUUCCUGCUCCAUUCUCUAAACCAUCUCUGUAUUUGGUUCACUGAGCUGACUCUGUGGAUAAAGGUGCUUGCUUCCAAGCCUG